AUGACGAGUGUCGCCGUCGUUAAUGGCCGCACGGACCACGACCUGAAAUGGAAGUCAGGUCUCACGUCUCUCCACCACAGCAAAAACCGAUUCUCUUCGUCCUCCGCCGUAGCUGGUGGAGAUGCGGCCGAUUUCCGGCCAAUUUCCGGCUUGCUAGGGUCCGAUGUUGGCGAGUUUAUUGAAAAUAGUGGUAGAGAGCAGAGGAGAAAGCAGGCCGAUGAGUCACUCCAGCGAGUGAUGUACUUCAAUUGUUGGGGUCAGGGCUGA